AUGGAUUCUGUUGUGGGAGACGACAUGACACUCCCAGUGGAUAUUAAUGGAAGCUGCCGACUGACGGGCUCCAUGGAUGCUGCACAGUACUCCACUGAAAGCCCAGCAGGUCCAUUCUUUCCUGAAAAGAUGUCUCCUGUCAAAGUUCUCACCAUGAAAGACUACGAAAAUCAAAUCACAGCUCUAAAGAAAGAAAACUUUAACCUCAAGCUGCGCAUUUACUUCAUGGAGGAACGCAUGCAACAGAAAUGCGACGACUCCACAGAAGACAUUUUUAAAACGAAUAUAGAGCUGAAGGUUGAGCUGGAGUCUAUGAAGAGAGAGAUGGCAGAAAAACAGGAGCUUCUGAUUUCAGCUUCAAAAGCUUUGGAGAGUCUCGCUGGCCGUGAUUCACGAGAGCCACAUCACGUGAGAGAGCAAGCCCAGAGAGAGAUGGACUCACUUCGGGACGCUUUCAACAAGAAGAUAGCCGACUUGGAGCAGGCUUUGCAAGGUGCCGAGCUAGAGAUCAACAGAAUGGCAUCGAUUGCGGAACAAGAAAAAUGUAAAAACAUCGACAUGGAAAAACGGCUUCAAAACCUAAAUGCUUCAGCUCCUCACACAAACCAGAUUAAUGACCUGCAGCAAGCUCUGGGGGAAAAGGACAAUCUUAUUCGCCAACUCAAGGAUAAUUUGAUCGAAGCCAGUCUGAAAAACAGUCCUGAGAAAACAAACGCACCGUCAGCCGACCAAGUCAAACAACUGACUGAUCUCCUCUCAAGCAGAGAGUUGGAGCUGCAGGCCUUAAGAGAGGAACGGAACAAAGCUCCUCCAGAACCGCAGAAGACGGAACUUCACCGUUUGGAGUUUCUCAAUCAACAACUCACCAGAGAGGUUACUCAGGCAAGAAAUGAGAGUGAAAACCUCACUAAAACACUUGCGGACAUCAAGAAUGAAAAUAUGGUUCUGACUAAAACGCUGGAGGAAAAAGAAAAUGAUCUAAACUCUGAGAAGAAAAAUGCACUGAAAAGAGACAAAACAAUUCAAGGUCUCACCCAAAUCCUCCGGGAAAAAGAAAACGAGAUUGCGGAGCUGUGUCAUGAGGUUGAAGACCGGGACGAAGCACUCUCCAAAGCAAGAGAAGCAGCUCACAAGGCUCAGCUACAGAAAUACCAGGGAGCAGAGGAGCAUCAAAACUUACUCAUGGAGAAGCAAACAGAACUGGCCCAGCUCCAAGGUGACCAUCACGCCAAGACGCUCGAGACCCAGAAGCUGCAGCGUGCGUUGGACAGAAAAGAGCAAGAGCUGAGCGGACUGCAGCAGGCGAAAGAGCAACUGGAGAUGGAGCUGGAAGAGACGCAACAGCAGAAGAAGAAAGGCGACAAAGCUCUCAAUGACCUAAACAAUAAGCUGAAAAAGUUGAAUGGAGAUAUAAAAGACAGAGAGGGUGCUUUAGAGCAGCAGUACCAGGAAACACUGAGUCAGAUCAAACAGAAGGUUCUUUCCCACGAGACAACGAUCCAACAACUCACAUCUUCUCUGUUGAAUAAAGAACAACAGCUCCAAGACUACUUAAGCAUGAUCAGAGACUUGGAGCAUGGAAAGUCCUCAGAGGGCGUUGAUGCAAUGGUCUCUACGCUGCGGCAAAGACUUAAAGACAAGGAUAAGGCUCUGGAGCAAGCCGUGGAUGAGAAGUUUGCCGCGCUCGAAGACAAAGACAAUGAGAUACACACGCUGCAGCUGUCUUUAAGGGAAAAGGAGCGAGACUUGGAAAGACUAAACAAUUUAGUCUCCAACAAUGAAGAGACCAUUAACAGUCUCGAUGGACUGAUCAAGGAGAAGGAUGUGGAAUUACAGAAUCUCGCCAACACUUUGAAGAAUUUGCAAAGAUCUAAACAGGAAAUGGAAGAUCACUUGAGUCGAUCCUUGAGGGAAAAAGACGCCAUCAUCAGUCAGCUGCAGUUGUCUCUGGAAGGAAAAGCAAAAGACUUGGAGGAGAUGACCACCACGAUGCUGAGCCAUUCCAAGAGUCACUCACAGGACUUCAGCGAGCAGAUGAGUCAGAGGGUGAAAGUCGCAGAAGCCAUGUUGGCCGAGUCCGUUAAAGUCCGAGAACAACUUAUCGCAGACAACGAGAGCGCGGUGGAAGGUCUGCUGGCUACGAUUAACAGCAAGGAUCUGCUUCUCAAGGAGUCAGCUGAACAUUACAAGUGCGUGUUGUCUCAGCGCAUGCAGGAGCUGGACGAGUUGAGGAAGCAGCUGUCAGAGCGGCAGCAGCAGAUGAACGCCACGGAGAGACAGUGUUCGGCCAAAACACAGGAGGCUCUGACGGAGGCCACGGCGCUCAGAGGUCUGCUGGAGGAGAAGGACGCUCUCAUCACUAAACUUCUGCAACAAGCAAAGGAUAGAGAUCAGUUCACACAUGAGACGAGACACACAGAAGAAUUGUCUCGUGUCCUGGAACUCAAACAAACAAUUCAAAUCAUGCAGGAAAAACUGGAAGAAAAAGAUGCUGAGCUGUGUGUCAGGUUUGGAGAGAAUAAAGAAGGCAAUAUUCCAUCCCCAAAGAAACACAUCCUCCUCAAGAAAGAACUGCUUCAAACCAACGAAGCUCUGAACAAAGCACUUAGAAGAGAAGCGGAGCUGAAGUUGAUGUUGAAUGAGAUGGAGGUUCGCUGUGAACGUUUUUCGGCUAAUAUCGAGUCCCUAACAGCCACCCUACAGACCAAGGAUGAGAUAAUCAACACACUUUACCAUCGCAUCGGUCAAAAGCCUGAAUCUUUAGCGUUUGAGGAUCACGGCUCCAGCAGCAGAACAGAGAGACUUCCUCCUAAGCUUCCACAGAGAGCGAGGACCAUUAUUGGUGGAGACGAUGAACGACAGACUGUGCCCAGUUCUAAAUACCUACAACAAGAGCACGAGGCUUUGAACAGAGCCCUGAAGGCAGAGCAGCAGCUUUAUUCUAGUCUGGUCCGGACGGUGAAGGAGCAGGACAGCGUCCAACGUCUUCACGCUCUCCAGCUGGAACUGACGGCCGUGCAACUCCUCCGACAGCAGUUGGAGGAAAGCAUCAAAGCAAAUGAAGAACUUAGAGACGACCUAGAGAGAGAAAUGCACAAAGUCAAAACUGGAGAAGGUAUGAACCACGUCGACCCCAAUGAGCUGGAGAGCAUGAGAAAUCAGCUCGAAGAUGCUCAGCGCUGGAAUAUGUCGCUGCAGUUUCGUUUGGGGGCAAUCCAGAGUCGUGGAGGAGGUGUGGGCGGAGCCAGUGAAGGGGAUUCUUUGAUGUUGCUGGGAGAUCAGACAUCUUACAUGAGCAUCUGUGUUGGAGAGGAGCAGGAGGAGUGCUUGUCUCAGUUGUCGUCUAAGGAACUGGUGGAAAAGGUGGCGGAGCUCCAGGACUACAUCAGCAGGCAGCUUGCUUUGAAUAGAGACCUUCAGAACCAAUUGAGCUUGCUGGAAAAGUCACAUCUGAAAAGUCUCAGUAACGAUGAUGAGAAUGUGGCCUCACAGAAAAGAGGGAGGCAGCCUUCGACUCGCCGGGAUGAAGGGAGCCAGACGGACGCCGCGCUGGAAGAGAACUUUUGUGGGGACCCUCUAAGAAAAGGAAAUAGUACAAGUUCAGUUGAACAGACAAGAGGAGAAACUCUGUAUGGAAGCAGUAAAAACAAGAGCCUUUGUCUGAAUGAUAUCACCAUUUCAAGUCCGUUUGAGGCCUGCGUUGACUCAUGCCCGAAAGAGAAUGAACAAGAAGAGUGGAAAGAUGAGGUGUCUCUGGAGAAGUGCAGUGAUGGUCUGGGGCAGUUUGGCGAAGUCCCCAAAGAGACAACGUCUAAUGAUCCAACUAAGUCAAACAAAUCCGCUCUGCAGAAAUCCAACAGCAAAGGGCGAUCUAGACAUAAAGAUGGAUCUAAAUCUGGUGUGACUAAAGUCGGGUCCUCACACUCUCGCCUUCCGGUCCCUGUGAGAAGAAUGCCCGAAGCUGCUGUCGAAGAAAGCCUUCGGGACAAGCGUUUCUCUGAGUGGGAAACUUCUUCUUCUUCUUCCCAUGAGCCACUUGUGCCAGACAUUAGCACUAGCAACGUCCCUCCCACGCUACAGCCAGAGCUACAGCAGCAGUGCCAGGAUAAGGACACGCUUAUUCAGGGACUACAUGAGAAACUGGCAGAGCUGAAGGAGCUCCAGACACAGCUACAAGAGAAGGAGCGUCUGAACGUGCAGUACGCAGAGGCUCUCCAGGCCGCAGAAUCCACGAUUGCCUAUUUGACUGCAUGUAGCUUAGAUAACCAGGGCGCUUUUGGCUCCAACGUAGGUGAUUCGAACACCUCUCUCCAAAUCAAAUGCACAGAACUUGAGCGAACCUUGAACGAGAAGGAGGAGUAUAUUUCCGAAUUGACAGAACUCCUCCACAAGGCUGAUAACGUUUUGAAUUCCUCGAAAAAUCCCUGUCCAAAUGAUGAGAGCACAGGUGUUGAUAUCAAAGCGCUUUUGCAGAGAAAUGAGCCAAUGCAACAAGAGGACCAGCCUGGAUUUAGUUCUAAGCUGGCUCCAAAUGCGCACUGGGAUCUGAACAUGAACUCUAAGAAAACUGCUGAUGCUGUAGAGAGAGAUGGCCAGACAGAGGGUGUAGACUUUCAUAUAAACGAAUCGCGUAACAAUAUGAUGACGGUGCUCAUGAACUGCCUUAAUACCACCGAGUCCGCCGUUGCUUCUUUGACCGCGCACUGUACGAACUCGCCUUGCUCCACCGACCUGCAGACCUGCCUAGAUAAGUUAAAGAAAGCGUUUAGUGAAAAAGACAAACUGCCCAAUAUUCAAAUAGACAACUCAAAAAAACCCAGCUCUCAUCAAAAAACAGACCAGCACCCACAAAGUCCUCAUCACAACCUUCAAGUCCUGUACGAGGUCUUUUGCGGUCUCCAACAAAGCAUUUCGGAGCUCCAGGCGUUGCAAAAGAGCUCGGACGCGCAGAGACAAGCGCAGAACGCCAAGGCCUUACCGCCGAACGUGCAGAACCAGAUCGAGACACUUCACAAGGAGCUUAGGGAGAAGAGAAAGGCUUGCAAAAACCUGGAGGAGAAACUAGCCACAGCGCAGUCGAUAAUGACCAAUACACCAAGUCCAGGAGCAGCACAGAAAGCUCUGAAGCGAGAUGAGAAAGGCGUGCAGGUGGAUUUGCAGGACCUGGGUUACGAAACCAGUGGCAAGAGUGAGAACGAUAGGGAGGAGAGCAGUAGCACAGAUUUGGAGGUUGGUUUUAAACCCAUCAUUGGUGCAUCUAGUCUGCCUUCACUGUCGAAGCAGGAGCAGGCUGCUUUCUCCUCCACAGAAAACCUUUACUCUGCAUCCAGCACAUACCCUACGUCCCCCGUGUUCAGCUCUGCGAAGGCAAGCCUAAAGAGUUUGCGGAGAAGUUCGUUAUCUAGUGAUGUGGUUGCCAGCACAUUUGAAUCAUCAGUAAUUCAGGAAGAGGACCACAAUGAACCCCUCGAUGAAGAAGAGGGAUCAGUAAAGAACAAAGCAGCUCUGGACAAACCGAGCCUCCUGAAUAUCAGCUCUGAGAGACGGGGGUCACUCUGCACCAGUGACCAGCUCCAGAGCGGCUCCACGUCACCAGCCAGACUGGAGUCGCUGAUCCAGUCACAGGCCAGAGAGCUGUCGCAGCUGAGACAGGAGAUCAAGGACAGCCGGAGGCUGGGGGCCCUGCAGCGCCAGCAGCUUGAGGACUUGGGACAGGCCUUCAGUAAUCUGAUACAGUCUGCUAAACUGGACAGCCUCAUGGGGGAAGAGGUUAAAAAGCAGCUUGACAGAAGCAUUGCAAUCAUGGACAGUCUGGAAGGACGUCUUGAUAGAAGUCAACGCUGUUUAGAAGGAGAACAUCUUUUUGGGAGUGGACCGGGCACAAGCAUCUCACACAGGUUGAACAAAGAUCUGCAGGAGAAGAACCGCCUCAUCCAGACCCUGCAGAGUCCAGGCAGCCGCCACAGCUCACAUUCUGAUUUGCACCUGGACUCUUCAUCUCCUCACAGCCCCGAGUCCAAACAAACACAAGGUCGACUGCAUUCGGCUGACUGGGCGGUCUGCGGAGGAGGAGGAGGAGCUCCGGGGUCCGAUCACACGCUGAGCAGCCUCCAGGGCCUCCACAGACAGAACGCUCGGCUGCAGGAGCGACUGAGGAGCAGCGAGCAGCUGAACACCACGCUGCGCAGCGAGCUCGACCUGCGCUGCAACAUCAUGGACCAGAGCAGGGACCAGGGCGAGACCGGGUCUGAGACCAAACCAGGGGCGCACACCGCCUCACCACUGGGGGGUCCACUCACUCCAGAUUUAUUAGCCGAGCAUUUGCGAGAAAUCCGAGCUCUGCGUCAACGCCUCGAAGAAAGCAUCCGGAACAACGACAGCCUCAGGGAACAACUGGAGAAGAGACUCGCAGAAGUGGACAGAGAGCCAGGACGCACACACAUCUUUAUCCAAGAGCGAGAGCAGCUAAAUCAAGCGUCAAAAGGGCAGCUAAACUCUGAGUCACAAGAUCAACAAAGUGAGAUUGACAGACUCCGUGACUCUGUGGCAAGAAGGACGGCGAAGCUGGAGCAGAGCCGGAAGGAGUGCGACGUGUUGAAGCAGGAAAACGUGCGAAUGAAAAAGAGGCUGGAGAUUCUGAGCCAAGAGAACGCUCAACUCCACGACUCUGUGCUCUGCAGCAAAGAGGAGCUCCAGAGGCUGCAGUGUGAGGUGCGACUUCAGAGCCAGCAGUUGUCAGACUCACACGACCUCCUUCAGUCUCUGCGUGUGGAACUGCAAGUGUACGAAAGACUCAAGAACCAAGGCCUGAAAUCCACAGAAGACGGAAAGGCGGCACAGGGGCACGAGGCGCUGUGUGCGUUGGGGGCAGUGGACCUGGGGGAGCUCAUGUCUGAAAUCAAACACCUGAGACUUCAGCUGGAGCGGAGCAUCCAGACCAACAACGCUCUGAGGCGCAAACUGGAGGAGCAGGUCAACCACGGCACCAACCACUCCGAGACCAUCAACAUCAACUAUCUGCUCUCGUCUCCAGAUGAAGCGACUCAGGGGCGGAGCACACAACGCAGAGAACGUGCAAGAAACAACCACGAUCAAAAGCAGAGGGCAGUGGUGGACGGAGGUUCAGGGAGCAGCAGCUCUAUGGAGAGCUCUGAGGCUCCUUCUCGCCUCGUCCCCGGUCACCGCAUGUGGGCGAGCCGUAAUGGCCGCCACGUCCUGGGUCUGACUGAGGACUACAGCGCUCUGGGGAAACACAUCUCUGAAGGCUGUAAACUGUCGCACACCAUGGACGCACAACUGCAGGAAGUGCUACUGUUGUUUAAGGAACAAUGUUCAGAAAAGUGCGAGGAGCAGAAGCCUCUGAGAGCUCUGUGCUCUAAUAUCGACUCACAGCAGCACGUCCUGGAGGAAGCCAACCGUCUGCUCAAACUCAUGUGGCGAGUGUCGCUGCCCGUCACCGUGACGACACAAGACCAGGGCCACAACCAGCAGGACGAGCUGCUGAAGAGAGAGAUCUCCAGACUGAAGAACAGAGUGGUGCAGCAGGAGAAGAUGCUGAAUGGAGCCGUGAAGCGUCUGGGGACGACAAACCAACUGAAGGAGGGGAUGGAAAGAGUCAUCAUCGAUCAGUUGUCCGUGACUCACGGCAUUUUGAAAAAGGCACGAGGAAACUUAGAGACAAAUUAUUGUGCCCUCAUUGGGCUCCAAGGUCAGUCUGGAGCGGCCUCUGAAGGAGAUCCCGGUGAACAGUCUGUAGACCCAGGAGCAGCUGUUGGAAGCGUCUCUGCACUUUAG